CAGCGACCGAUCAAUCCCCUGGACGAGUGGGAAAUUCUUCGCGAGCAAAUAGAAUACGAAGAGGAGCUGGGGCGAGGAGCAUUUGGUGUAGUUUACAAAGCAAUGCUUUGGGAAAGAGUUGGGAUAGAGGUGUUUAGCACCGAGAUUUCAAAACGGAAACUGUUGUCCAGCAAGAAGCCUCGGCUGGUUGCUGUCAAGGUUUUACUUGGUGAGACAAUCUCUUACUACUCAUGCUUGGUAUGCUCACACCAAGGUAUGCCUGGUAUGCUCAUUUCAUAACAAAAGAUUCACGUUUACCGCUAACGGCAACCGUCAGACAAGUUCAUUUGCUUUAUGGAAUAGCCACAACUCAGCAAUAACAAUAAUAAUAAUAAUUUUGCUUGAAAAGAGCAAUAAAUUAUAUCAGCAAGGAUCGGAGGCAUGGAACCGUGUUUUGAACUUCGUGGGCAGUGCGGCGAAAGGAGGUGCGAUUUUUUCCCUCUUUUGUUUGCUGUUCCUUUUCAAUAUAUUAAUCAUCGUCUGAAAAUGAGCUUUCUUUUGUUUGAUUUAAAUCACACAAGUAAACAGCGCGUUCAUAUUAGAGAAUUUACGCUCGAAGCGCGAGAAUUUUGCUUGAAAAGAGCAAUAAAUUAGUUUUAAAGGGUCGGGGACACAGAACCGUGUUUUAAGUUUCGCUGGCAGUGAGGUGGAAGGUAUUAUUUUGUUUCUUUACUAUUUACUCACGCUCUUCAAUGCAUUCAAUGGGAUGUGAUUUUUAUUCAAAGAAGUUAAUUUCUGUUCAAACAAACGACCGUAAAAUAUAACCGUCAUUUAACCGAAGGAUAAAAUUUCCUGGCGCAGAAUUCAAACAGUGCGAACUCGGCAACAGAAUAUAAAGCGGGCUGUUAAAACCACUGAUCAGAGCGCCGCGAUCAAACCACCUGAAUUAAUUGCAAGUUCUCGGCUCCUUCGAUUCAAUCCCUAGUUAAAGUUCCUUAUAAUUGCUACUACGAUUUUUGCCAUAAAAAAUGAAGUAUGUUUUCUUAAAAUUUGCAGCCAAUACGCGAAGCGCAAGAUAAGCAAUACGAUUCGGGUUUGUUCGUCCCAAAUCUCGUCUGUUCGAAACUUGCCUCACUCCUCACUACUGCGUCGUCCGUUUCGCCAGUCAACUAACACUCCUACCUACCCCCUAAGGUGAAAUUGCUCCUUACUUCGGUCCCGCCGAAAAUUCAAAUCUCAUCGGAAAGAAGUUAUCGGUAAUGUUGAAAUUUGCUGCGCGUAAAAGCUAUUGUUUCACAUUGCUCGUUUUUGUCCUUAAAAGACAAGAAACGGCCAAAAAUAACAAUACGAAACAAUACCUAUUGUUCUCGAAUUCAGGUCGCUUUUCUCGAUACGAAAAUAGGCAGAUAAAAACAGUCCCGAACGAUUCCUAUGGUUAAAACGGACAUAAAACUACUUAUUUCUGUGUAGAAGACAUAGAGAGUAAACGGAAAAUACGGGGAUAACUUGGUCACGUGGUACAAAUUCACGUCUGCCGUUUAGCGUAAACGUGAAUCUUAAUCUCUCUAUUGACACCUAACAUUGUGGGUGACAUGAUCCAUAUGGUUGGGUUGGCCACUUUACAAACGAGAAGCAAACCAGGCCCAGUUAACUUUCGCCUAGGGAAAGUAGCAACUACGACGGCGACGGCAACGGGGACGUCAAAAAAGCAAUAGGUUUGUUGAGUAAAACAACAACUCUGCACGUGCAUCGCGCUUUUUUGUACAUUUCUUUACCGUCUUAGCACGACUAGGACGUGAAAAUGCCUAAUUGCAAGUUUUAUGGAGGACGUAAACAAGCGACGACGAAUCUAUUUUUCUCUCUCUAAACUUGAGUGCGGUCCCCAAGAAAUCAACUCCAGGGAAAUUCGGCUACAUUUGCCAUUUUCAGCAAAUUGGAAUAAACGCGACAAAGAAUGAUAAGACGGGAAUUUUUGUUUAAAAGUGACGUUUUCGCUGCCGUUGCCGUCUUCGAUGCUAGGACUCCCUAGUUACUGGGGACAGGGGAAAAAAUAGACCAAUAGCUGACUUGCACGUCUCCAAUAACGAUCCCAGAAGCCUUUGCGAAAGCUAACUCGGCCCAGUCUCCUCUUCGUUUCUAAAGUUGAAGUCGAAUUUAACAGAAAAAGUACCGCGCCAGUUCGUUCUGAUGUGUUUAGAUAAUCCUAGCGCAGCACAGAAAGAAGAAUUCCAGUUUGAGAUCGAGCAGAUGAAGCAGUUGGGUUCACAUCCGAACGUUGUUUCCUUGGUUGGUUGCUGCACGCUUCAGGAAGAAAAGUUCCUGGUGAUAGAGUAUGUUCCUUUUGGGGAUCUGCUGACAUGGUUACGCCGUAGAAGGAACAGGGUGAGAAAAUGAAGAAAAUUCUACAAUGUACUUUGACGAAGGGUUACUGAAGGAAAAUAGAAAAACGAUUCGUCUCUUAAGAAACGAGAAGGGACAUUCCUGGUUUUCCCCUUUUUCGAAUGAGAAAUAUUAAGCAUUUUAGCGUUAUUUCCCUCUUAUUUCUUCCGCUUCCCACCCUACUGGAGCACCUGCCUCCCACCCUUUCCUCUCCCACUUUCCGUACCCCGCCUGCCCCUUAUUCUCCUGGCUUCGCACCCCACUUGUCCUCCUCAAUUUCUAUCUCCGAGUUCUCAUUAGCCUGCGUGAAAGGCGUUUGAAAAGGAAGGAAAAGCACGCAGGCUAAGUUCUCAUUUCAGAACGCUAUGUAGCUAAGCUGAGCUAGAAGCUUUGGCUUGGAUCCGUUAUAACUAGUACGUUUUGUUGUGGCAACAAAAUAUAACGUUAUACGUAGCAUGAGAGUAGUCAAAGCGAGGUGUUUUCACUCUUUGAUGUUGCUGAAUCUUGUAGAUCUACACAAGCCAAGCCUCCAACAAAGUAUACGACGACAAAGUGNUCGAAUUUAACAGAAAAAGUACCGCGCCAGUUCGUUCUGAUGUGUUUAGAUAAUCCUAGCGCAGCACAGAAAGAAGAAUUCCAGUUUGAGAUCGAGCAGAUGAAGCAGUUGGGUUCACAUCCGAACGUUGUUUCCUUGGUUGGUUGCUGCACGCUUCAGGAAGAAAAGUUCCUGGUGAUAGAGUAUGUUCCUUUUGGGGAUCUGCUGACAUGGUUACGCCGUAGAAGGAACAGGGUGAGAAAAUGAAGAAAAUUCUACAAUGUACUUUGACGAAGGGUUACUGAAGGAAAAUAGAAAAACGAUUCGUCUCUUAAGAAACGAGAAGGGACAUUCCUGGUUUUCCCCUUUUUCGAAUGAGAAAUAUUAAGCAUUUUAGCGUUAUUUCCCUCUUAUUUCUUCCGCUUCCCACCCUACUGGAGCACCUGCCUCCCACCCUUUCCUCUCCCACUUUCCGUACCCCGCCUGCCCCUUAUUCUCCUGGCUUCGCACCCCACUUGUCCUCCUCAAUUUCUAUCUCCGAGUUCUCAUUAGCCUGCGUGAAAGGCGUUUGAAAAGGAAGGAAAAGCACGCAGGCUAAGUUCUCAUUUCAGAACGCUAUGUAGCUAAGCUGAGCUAGAAGCUUUGGCUUGGAUCCGUUAUAACUAGUACGUUUUGUUGUGGCAACAAAAUAUAACGUUAUACGUAGCAUGAGAGUAGUCAAAGCGAGGUGUUUUCACUCUUUGAUGUUGCUGAAUCUUGUAGAUCUACACAAGCCAAGCCUCCAACAAAGUAUACGACGACAAAGUGUGUUUGAAAGAUGAAGGAAACGCCAAAAAUCAGGUAGGGGUAAACUAAACGCUAUGUUUGAGUUGUCUUUAAACUGCUGUCAAAUCAAAUGUCAAAUCACAUGAUUUGAUACCAAUAAGGAACAUGUCCAGGAGGACAAUAAAACGAUUUUUGUAUGCGAUAAACAUGGCUUUGCCUAUUGAUUGGUUUUGGCAGAUCAUGACCCGAGCCGGGCAUAUCCGUUCUUUUCUCGUCGGUGCCGUUUAAAGACCGUUUCCGCGUGCUCGUCACCCGCCACAGCACCCUACAGCCCGUAAUAUAAAAGAGUAUUAAAGUUACCGCAUAUGAUAUGACAGUUUAAAAAGCAGCAUUGGCCAGGCUACGACAUCAAACGUCAGUUGGCUUUCUGACAACUCAGCUCUGUAAACCAAGAGAGAAUUAUAUGGGACAGAAAGGGCAUCUUAGGACGUUGGUCGGGAUAUGUAAAUUUCACUAAAGUUAUUUUUAGAGGUUGUAAUUUGAGGGAAGUCUAGUUCCUGGGCGUCCGCAUAUUUUAAUGGAUUGUUUGAAACGACAUGAAGUCCCUCUCCGUCUGCCUCAAAGCAAAAAUGCAGAAUAUAGAAUGGUGACUGUUGAAUUCACUUUUAAUAACACUAAUUUUUAAAAACUGAAUCAUUGGAUAAUGUAAUUCUAGAGCUCUGACUGGCUUAGCCAUCAUGGUAUAUAUACCUCUUAUUAGCCGAGUUUUCGGUCCGUACUGUAAAUUACGGACCGAGUUUUUUUCCAUCGAUUUAUGGCUUCUUCCUGUUUGGGGGACCGGAAACAAGUGCAGGACGCACGAUUUGACAGUCAUUUGACAGGUGUCAAAAAAGAAAGUUUUUAUUGGCGCACGAAAACAAUAGCACAUAACAAAGGCUUUCCGANUUUUCUCGUCGGUGCCGUUUAAAGACCGUUUCCGCGUGCUCGUCACCCGCCACAGCACCCUACAGCCCGUAAUAUAAAAGAGUAUUAAAGUUACCGCAUAUGAUAUGACAGUUUAAAAAGCAGCAUUGGCCAGGCUACGACAUCAAACGUCAGUUGGCUUUCUGACAACUCAGCUCUGUAAACCAAGAGAGAAUUAUAUGGGACAGAAAGGGCAUCUUAGGACGUUGGUCGGGAUAUGUAAAUUUCACUAAAGUUAUUUUUAGAGGUUGUAAUUUGAGGGAAGUCUAGUUCCUGGGCGUCCGCAUAUUUUAAUGGAUUGUUUGAAACGACAUGAAGUCCCUCUCCGUCUGCCUCAAAGCAAAAAUGCAGAAUAUAGAAUGGUGACUGUUGAAUUCACUUUUAAUAACACUAAUUUUUAAAAACUGAAUCAUUGGAUAAUGUAAUUCUAGAGCUCUGACUGGCUUAGCCAUCAUGGUAUAUAUACCUCUUAUUAGCCGAGUUUUCGGUCCGUACUGUAAAUUACGGACCGAGUUUUUUUCCAUCGAUUUAUGGCUUCUUCCUGUUUGGGGGACCGGAAACAAGUGCAGGACGCACGAUUUGACAGUCAUUUGACAGGUGUCAAAAAAGAAAGUUUUUAUUGGCGCACGAAAACAAUAGCACAUAACAAAGGCUUUCCGAGAAAGUAAAAACAAAUUCGCCAUGUUGAAAAAGUUGAUUCGGUCAAAACUAAGAGCACUGUACGUUUUAGCUCUUUAAUGUAACGCUGGAGUAUUUUGGAAACUGGACAAUCUGUCUAGAAGUCGUUCCAUCUUUCCUCCGUUUGUACUUGUGAAAAAACACUGCAAAAGGCAAAGAAGCUUUUCAAGGUAAGUCUGUUGUCAUUGUCGAAGGAAGCGCUCGUUAAUUGUUUUUGGGAAAACCUCUCUUUCUGCCAGUUCAUUCUCUUCUUCAGUAUGUGAUCUGCGUUAACAUUUUCAAACACUGACUAGAAUUCUCUUCCUCCGUAAGGUUACGAUUCAGUUUCUACAACAGCUUCGUUCUCAUUAAAACAAAGCUAGGUUAAAAUUUGGAAAGGCAAAGUCAACAUCCCAAUCCUCAGGGUCAUCAGGGUUAACAGACAUAUUUUAAAUUUUGUUCGGUCGAAACUAAGAGCACUGUAAGUAUUCACUCGUUAAUGUAAUGGAGUUUUUUGAAAACUGGACAUUAUUGUGUCUGGCUCGAACUCGCUUCUAUCUUUCUUUCGUUGGUCUUUGAAAAAAAACACUGCAAAUGGCAAAGAAGCUUGUCAAGAUGAUUGGGUGCAGGUAUGUUUGUUAUCAUAUUUGUUUAAGGAAUUACUCAUUUUCUCUUAGGCAAAACAUCUCGAAUCUCUGCCAGUCGAUUUUCGUCUUCUUAAUUGUGUACUACGAUAAAAUUUUCAAACACUGACUAGAAUCCUCUUCGAUGAGAUUACGAGUUAGUUUCUUCAUCACCUUCGUUCACAAAUAAACACAGUUUAAAAUGCUGAAUGCCAAAGUCAACAUCCAAGUCCUCAAGGUUUACAGGCGUCUUAAAACUUUAUUUAAACCUUUUUUUCCGAGGUAAAGAGAAUUAGAGCUCCGAAAUGAGCAUUUUCUUUUACAAUUUUGGUCCGUAUAGCAAGUUACGGACCGCAAAUUGACCAAUCGCAUUGCGAAAACAGACUCAGCCAUAUAAUAAGAGCCAUUAUACCACGCUCUCCAAAUACUGUACGCGUCUGCUCAAAAUUAAAAACGAGCCGAAAAUCGGUUGUUUUUACAAAUAAAGUCGGGAAGGAUUCUCGAUAUUUUGUGGGCGUUUUUAAAAAAAACAAUUAUUCCACUCGCGCUUGUUGCAUAUGAGAUGAUUAUAGCCAACACGGUGCUAGGCGUCUCGUCGGCUAUCUACCAGCUCAUAUCCGACGCGCACUUGUGGAAUAAUUGUUAAUUAUUUCAUUCUUUAAUCAGAAAAGAUUGCCCGAAAUCCUUGUGCGAUAUAGUUGGACAGACCUCGCCGUGAAAGCUGUGCUGUGAUCCCUUAACUGGAAAAAGUGACCUUGGAUGGCCUGGAUUCAAAGCGUCCUUCCAAGUAGUCCCCAAAUACGUAAUCUGGUUUUCAUUUAAUUAUACCCUGUAAUCUUUGUUUUUUCUCUCUAAGGUGCAAGAUAAAGAAGAGGAGAAACAAGUGAGUACGGAAGUUUCUCCUUUAUUACAAGAUGACAAAAUGUAAAAAAGAAAGGCAUGACCAUUUUAUAAACUGACUAAAAUUUGGUGACCCUUUCCUUGAAAGAGCUAAAAAACUUCUCUCAUUGUCUAAUUCAACCCUAUCGGCUCUACCUCUGCAGGAUGAGGAAUUCAAAACCAUUGACGAAGACCAGCCAACAGCCCCUUCCGCGCCAAUGGAGAAUCAAAUGACGAAGGGAGCGGUAAUAAUUAAUUAGUUUUUUCAUUAUAUAGCUUUUUCUUUUAAGGGCUACACCUCUUUUACUGUCACUUAAAAUUUUUUUUAUGAUUCCCUUGAGGUAGUCGAGAAAGUCGCAGACAAAUAAUCGACUGCUGAGUAAGCCUCAGUUUCAUAGAAUCGUUUAAGCCGCCCUCAGUUAACAACGUGUUAUACUACAGAUCCUAUAAUCGAAGCAACCUUUUUACUAACACCCUGAAAAAUUAUCUUAAAAGUUGGGAUCAUAUAUGGAACGGGUAAAGUUUCCAGCGAUGUAAAAUAUUUUUGAUUAUCACAGCAGGAGAGAUUCAAAUCCCCUUGUCUCAAAUCCUUGGGGAAAGUGGUGGCAUAAUUAAUGUAAGAGGAUGGUGCAUGUCAGGUCGAUGAUAUUUUUUCCGCUACAUCAAUGUCCGGUAAAAAAAGUUACAAUGGUGUAAAAACAACUUUGUUUUUAGCCUGAGAAAACAGCUGACAUUUCACGACGCCAUCACUGGUUUCCCCGCGAAAUAACGUCUGAGAAACGAACGCAGAGAUUCCAUACCGAUGAUGCGUCACUGCCCAGAUCUGGGUAAUACUUCUGAUUGGUUGGAGGAAAUUUUCAGCCAAUCAGACGCACCACCAGAUCUGGGCAGUGAUGCAUCAUCAGUACGGAAUUUUUGCGCUCAUUUCUCAGAUGUCAUUUCGCCGGUAUCGCCUAAUGUCAACUGUUUUCACAGGCUACUUUGUUUUCGGAUUUUGAUUUCACACAGGAAAUCAGGAAUGCUAAUCAACAGGUAGAGCAAGAGCAGACACAAACGAACGUGGAAAUGACUCUAUUAUCGCAAGAUGACAGUGACGUGAACAGAGAGGACACGCCGGUGACCUUAAAAUUCGUUUCAUUUUAUUAAUAUGCAAGAUUACCCAACAUUUAGUCUUAACUUACCGUUUUUGAGAAGGUGGUUAUUGGAAACAAAACAAAACAAAUAAACAAACAAACAUAACUCUGCCAUUUUGUUCAUAUAUUUAGAAAGAUAGGUACACUUUUAUGGAGGAAAUAAACAAAGCUGAUAACCUUUCUUUACAAUACACCUCUGUAGUUUCGGCAUAUUUUUAAAGCAAAGCGAGCCGCUGCAUAACAACUUUCAAAGGCCACAGCCGUCUAUUACCUAAUAUUCGAUCAGGAGCCAUAAUCGGGGUAGGAGAUCGUAACUGGAUACCUUCUCCAGUAAUGCGGUUUGUUCCAUCGAAAUAGCCAAAUGUGCACAUUUUUCGCGGGGGCACCGCACAAAGGAUAAACCAACAAAAUGGCGUGAGAAAUUACCUUCGUAGGAAAUGAAUAAAUUCUAUUCCUGUCCUCUCCCCUAACUCUGAAUUUGAGGCAAGACCUUGAGGAUAACCUCUUUGACAAUAACUCUGAAUAAGAGGACUGUAAAUGUAGUUCUGAUCAUGUUAAUCACCGUAGUUGGAGUGUUUUUGACAAAUCAUGUUACUAAGAGAUGUCGGAGAUGUCGCGCGAUGAACAUCGCGUUUGGACGAAACGAAAAAAAUUGCAGGGAAAAGGAGGGCGGAAAGUUGACAACAACAACAAAUAAUUGUGUCUAAUUUUCCUCAAAUGUUUCUUUGAAUUCAUGAAAAAUACAGCUCCACCAGCUUCAAACAGCGUCUAAUGUAAUAAUUUUCCCAUUUAGCUUGGCAGCUAGCGUGGCGCAGUGAUCUAGGCCAUGCAGAUGGUCCGGGUUCGACUGGUCUCCUACUCCAAUGGCUCCUGUAGUGAUAAACAGAUAUACUAUUUCCCAAUUCUUUUUACGUCUUAGUUAUUCAGCCGUGCAAUUUAUUGACAACAAAAUAAUCUACUGAUGUUUAUAAAUAAACAUUUUUUUUCUCAAUUUUCAUGUCCAUUUGACCCAUCCCAGACUACAAAACAGUCGUCAAAGGCACGAACUCGCGGCGUAAGAUUCUCUCGAGAAGCGAGCCUCACACGGCUGAGAGGCGUCCAUUCAGACCUUUCGUUUAGCGGCACCCCCGCGCUUUCCUUAUCUACACAAAAAUACGGGUUGUUUUCCAUACUAGACCCUUCUUGACAUGUUUUACUCAAUUUGUGCAUUUAGGAUAACGGAUUGAAGGAGUCCACAAAAGAACAGUUGAACAUGUCAAACAACCCACCCGUUGAAAGUCAGCACACUGUCUCGAAGCCGCCUUCAAGUGAAAGUCUCGAGGAAGAUCCACAUGACGAGGAAGAAAGCUUUUCUACUCAACAGCUCUUUAAAUUUGCAUGGCAAAUAGCGAGGGGAAUGGUAGCUACUGUAUUUGUUUACAUUUUAUCAUAUCCAACUUAAAAAUGGACACUGAUUUCAAAGGCGAACUGCAUGGGGCAAAUUGAGAAAGUAGAAUUUCUUUACCGAAAUUUACCUGCCUUUAAGAAAAGUAUCAGGAUUUCCGACAAAACCACUUUUGAGACCAAAACAGCCAAAUCCGGCCAUAAAAUGCCGUAAAAUUAAAUCGGGUGAAAAAAAUCAAAAGAAGAGUUUUAGGAAAUGAGUUUUUCCUGGAGUCUUGGCAUCUUGAAAGCAAUCGCACGAUCUGCCAACACUCUGUUUUACGCCCAUUUCGGUUCCUUGAGCUCUUGGUUUUCUUCCAGAAUAGCCUACCCUCUUUCCACAUUUUUACACAUUCACAUAUAUUCCCUUGAUGUACUCUCGUAGCAUGAAGCCGACUUAAUUCGAAAACCUCGAACGAAAAUAAAGACAUGAUUCAAGUACCUAAACGUGAUUUUUAAAACACUGAAAAUACUAGUGGACCAGAAACCGCGAUUGUACGAUGGACAACAACUUAAGAGGACUGAGAAACAACUCAAGCAUCGUCAUACAAAACAUUAUGGGAAAAUUGCAGAUCAGACGCCAGACUUUCCGUGUUAAAAGUUAUUGGCGCAUUUUAAUUCGCUGACCAUAGUUAGUAGAGGAGACUGGUUGAAAAGCCGGCAAAUAUUAAAGUUGAAAACAACAGUGCGGUGGUUUACGUUAGAAGCUUCCUGACCGUGCAUAAUCCUUUGUUUUUUGUUCAUAAAUUGUGACUGAAUAAAUUAAUGCGAAGUUUCUACUGGUCAGUAAGUUCAAAAUGAUAGGAAUGUGAUUGAGCAUUGUGCACGGCCAGGUCCAGAAACAGUAACAAAAACGUAUAAUAAAGAGUAUAAAGGGCUUAACAACCAUUCCAAUUUAAUAACCAUGGCCCAACUAAAAUCACUUUGAUUAUCCUGUGAUUAUUUAUUCUAAAAAAUUUCAAAACACAGAGCAACAAGUUAAAGAUAAAAUCGAAUAUUUCGAUCGAAUUGUACGAACUUCAUCAGAAAUGUAAAAUACCAGGUUAUGUACCUGAAGGUUGUUAUGCUCCCCAAGGAGAGGAUUUUAGAUGGCCGGGAGGUCCAGUCCCUCGUCCCUAUUCACAGGGGGUUUUCUUUGUUCGGGUUUCCGUGAUGGUGUUAUUUUUGUCAGAUAGAACUUUAACAUUGUGUGGCUUGAUGUUGCGACCGCCGUUGCUCGGCAGUGUUCAAAAACAGCAGAAGUUUCAAGGGGUUGGUGUUCUUUGAUCUGGGUACAAAGGGAUUUUGGAAGAAUUCUGUAUAAAAAGUUUGGCUUGUACAAAGUGUUGGUGUCUGAAAUGACGGCUCUUCCUUGAUUUAGUAAGCUGUUAUUAUGUGCUGCUAAAAUCUGAUUUCCCUUUCUCUACCUUUAUAAUUAGAAUCAUCUUGCCGAAAAAAACCUUGUUCAUAGAGACCUUGCAGCUCGUAACGUCCUCGUUGGCUGUGACAAUCGGGUGAAAGUGUCUGACUUUGGGUUGAUGCGACAAAUCUAUGAAGAUGUGAAUAGCUCAGGAAAGUGUAAGAAACUUCCCAUCAAAUGGAUGGCUCCAGAAUCACUUUAUCAAGGCACCUUUACCAUCAAGAGUGAUGUGUGAGUAGAAUAAUACUUUCAAUUUAACGCUAGACUAUAGAUCUCAUCGUAAGAGUCUCGUAUGGAUUAACUUACUUUUAAUAGUCUUUUUCGAACUGACCUUUUCAUCCCUGACGACCAACCUCGUCCCCAGGGCUUUUCCCUUAAAAAAUGGGUGGGACGCCCCACCCAUUUUUUAAGGAAAACGCCCUGGGGACGAGGUUACCCGGACGACGUAUACGUAUUAUUUUCGUGGAAUAUCUUUGUAAGUUCUCGAACGCCAUCUCAUUAUAGCAAAGUCUGGGUUCAAAUUUUGGCAGCUGAUUUACAUUAGUAGGAUUUUGAAGGCCUCUGUAAAACUAACCUAGAAAAGGCAAAGCAUGAAUGCCCCUCCACAAAAUCUUCUUAGUCUUGGCCAUCUGUCUGUAUCGCUCAGUAACCGAUUUUGUUGCUUUCUAUUAUAGCUGGUCCUACGGCGUACUUCUGUGGGAAAUGGCCACACUGGGUAAGCAUACUUAAAGAUUUAUUUACUUUAAUUACAACUGCUUGCUUACUUUUCCUCGUUUCUAAUAAAAAACACUGAUUUAUAUGAUUAUUUUGGCCCAGGCCCCAGUUGUUCAUUCCCAUAUUCCGUCUUCUCUAGCUCUCGCGCGUUUGCCUCUUAAUAGGCCACUUCCAAGUUCCAUAAACCUUCUCUUUCAAAAUGAGGCUAGGUGCACAACGUUUCUUGUGAGAAUAAGUUUUAUUUGCAUGAGAAAGAAAAAAAAAAAGAUUUCCAUAUGAAUGGCUGAGGACCUACCCUCGUUUUGAAAAAGAGGCCUGGGGGAACUCGGAAAUGGCCUAUUCCCUCACACUUGACAUGCUCGCACGAAAGACAAUAGGCCGUUUCAGGGUUGCCCUAAGCCACUGUUUCAAAGCGAGCUAAAGAAAGAAAGCUUUUGCACUCGUUUUGAAAGUGAGGGUUUUUGUGACUCGGAAAUGGCCUAUCCUGAGGGACUCUGCAGUCUUAAACCUGAACAAAUACUGUGAAAACGGUUGUAAAAAACUUCCUGCCCAGUUUUUUUCUUAAUAACUGAUUUUCUUCUUGUGUGGGAUCCAGGAGGCGUACCAUACCCUACGAUGACCAACACAGAGCUGUAUCGCGAGCUCAACUCUGGAUACCGAAUGGAAAAACCUGACAUGAGCUCGGAUGAAGUGUAAGUUAAUCGCUCCAGUGAUUUUAGCAUAUGUUAUUAUGGCAGAAUUAUACACAAUGUAGACAGGAAAAAAAAUUACUUUAAAAAUGCUUAGUACUUCUUUGCCCUUUAAAUACGAACAGUUGUUUCCAAGGGUCAAGAUCUCCUAUUGUUCUCCCUAAUCGCUCCGGGGCAUGAAAAGGAAGCUCGGACCAUGUGAACGAGGCUGUGGAGUUCGGCCACUGAUGGUCAGUGACGAUGUAUAUGGUUGGCUCCGCAAGCAAACAAAAUGAAAAGAAUCCCGCGGGAAAUGAAUUGCUCGCUUUCUUUUCAGAAGAAGAACAACCCCCCUCAGUCUUAUUCUUGUGGAACAACGCAGACUCCUGUUUUUCUUCACAGUUAGUGGCGAUGGGCCUAUUAGCCUUUCACGCUUCAAGCCUCCUUUUGCCCGUGCGCCUGACCAUAUUUUCUGUAACUGCUGCUGUCAUGCCGAAUAAGGUUAUCCAAUAACGCUUUAAUGUACCGUAUAUCGAUUUUUAAGGAUAAUGAACCAAAAACCAAGAAGUGAGUUGAAAAAUUAGGAUCUCAGGAUUAGUUCUAUGACAGACUUUAUAGUGUUUGGAUACAACACCAGGUUAGUUUUCUUCAGCUGCCUGUACUCAACUGUACUAAACAACUAAAAUGUGGUUGAUUCUGUGAUAAAAGUUUGUAUAGUUACGAUCUCUGGCCAUUUCUCAUCCAGCUACAGUCCCUGCCUCUCAAUUUCCCUUCAAUUACCGCGGAAUGGCAUGGGUUGUUAUUUGCAGUACGUCCAGCUAGGCCUUAUUAGGCUGAUUUAGCAACAGAACAGGAACGUCUGUUGACGACUGCUCGCGCAAAUCAAACAACUGAAUUGACCAAUGGCAGAGAGGCAAAUUGGGUACCGGAAGUCGAGUUUAGUCCUUUCCGCGCGCUUACCCGUCGUCAAAUGAGGUUCCCGUUCCUUUGCUAAAUCAGCUUAUUAUUGCGCCAGGCCCAUGCGUUUCGGGACAAGCGGUCCGAAAGAGUUUUUCUCGGACACGUCACCGAAAUCCUUUGCAUGACCAAGAUAGGACUGGAAAGACACCGUUCAGGGAUUAGGCAAAUGUUGUAUUUCCGAAAUGAAAACAUGACCACCGAGGAGCUUAUUUGAAAGAAUCUGACUCGUCCCCAGUCGCCUCUCUCUCUCUUUCUCCUUAGUUGCGCGAUGGGUGUGAUGGGAAGGAGGAAAGCGAGUGAGAGAGUCUUCCUCCCUUUUCCCUUCCCAUCACCCCCUGCUUUCGACGCGCGCGUUAGGCGAAGACGACUGGGGACGAGUCAGUGAAAGAAUUACAAAUCGGUUUGUUUUUAAUUGUCUACGACAGAUAUCAGUUGAUGACAGACUGCUGGAAGGAAGAACCAAAAGCUCGACCCAGUUUCUACCAGCUGAUAGAAAAACUGGAGAUCAUCAUGCAGAAGGAUGCACCAUAUUUGGAUGUGAACAAGCAUAAUGAAGACCAUCCAUACUAUAACGUGCCUCCACAUCUGGAGUAA